GGGCUAAACUCGUACUUGUUAUGCGAAUGUCAGGAGAAUGAUUUACAACACAACGGAAAAUAUGUAAUGUAUAAUGUAAUGUUCGUCGAAAGGUCAAAAUAUGCAUGAAUUCUCUAAUUAGGCCGUCCAGGAGGGAUUUUCAAAACAAUUUUUCCAUUAAAAUACGUGCCCAGGUAGAUUUUCGUUCCACUACAUUUUGAUGGCUAUUCGCUUCGGACGCCCAGAUUUACUCUUGUACCUAUCUGUAGAAUGAUUUAAUCACGGUCAAUGUAAGCUCCUGAGAAUUAGAGGAACCAUAGAGGAGACGUAGUUCCAGAUGGCUGAAAAGACAAUUACUAACGGUUGGAUACAUUUGGUCAAUGUGAAGGUCGUACUGGCAACAUGUGUUGAGAUAAGAUCUGCGUGUCAUGACUUUUCUUGGCGUUUCAAUAUGUUUCCAUGUGCAUCACACCUCGAAGAUAGAUCAAACAGCACUAGUGAUCAUUUUCGUGACGACGAAAGUUGGCUAAAGAGUUCAACUUAUACAGAAAAAAGUUCAUCUAGUAAUCGUGUUCAUGGAAAUAGUAGUCAUGAAGUACAAGAUUUGAAGACAACCGGAAAACGUUCUCAUUCCUAUAAAAAAGAUGAUAUAGUCAAGAAGAAACCAAAAGUCACGUCAACCGCUGUAUUUCUAGAAGAUAUUCCUGGGCUAAAUAUUAACGACGCUUACAGAAUUGAUAAAACUUAUAAUAAAGAGAUUUAUAAACAUGGAUGUGUUUAUGAAAAGCAUGUAUCACGAUACAAUCAGAAGAGUAAAACGAAAAUAUUAGGCUUUAAAGAUUUGCGUUUAAGUGAUCUUGUGGGCUCUGAAGUGAAAUGUAAGCCUGGAGUUAUUAAGAAGUCACGGUAUUUCAGUAAGUCAAGUAAAGCAGUGAUUCGAAAUCCCCCUGUUACUGUAAAAGCCUGUGAAUCAAUUAAUGAUACUGCAACAGAUUUAAUUCCACUGGUUGAUCGAAUUACUAUCCAGCAUAAACCAGUUGAAGAGGUGAAAAAUUGUGAAAUGUUAAAUCUUUGCGAAGAACUUAAUCGUCGAGUUUACGAUAGACCCGGUGAUAUAAUUUCAUGGUUGGAUCUUAUUGACUUACAGGAUAAGGGGGCAUCUUUUCUUCAUAUUGCCAGUAGCGAUGCUGAACAGAAACAGACGUGUACCGAUUUCAAGUAUUCAAAGAGUGACAGACUGAUUAUACUUAAGAAGCAGUUGUCAAUGGCUGAUCGAGCGCUUACAGCUAAUCCGGUAAUUUAA